AUGGAGGAAAACGGGUAUGAAGCAGCAUUGGAUCAGAUUGCUUCUCUUUUGCAAAGACCUGAUCAGCUUGAGAAGCUUCCAGAAAUGCGCAAAAGAGCGGACAGGAAGAAGGCUGCCGUAGAAGCCAUGCUUCGCACUGGCGUGCAGUCCCAAUUAGAGGGCAUUCGAACUGCGAUUGCACAUCUACACACUGCUGCUGAGGAUAUCAGCGCUAUCGAAACAGGGCAAGUAAUGAUCUUCUCCUCCAUACCUCUGUUCCUCCAAUAUGAGCUGCUUCGCGAGAAGAUGCGUGAGCUGCGUGAUGCCAAUGCUCGACAUGGUAUGUAA